GCCCUACCAAACGACCCUUAAGGGAGAAAACGCUACCCGGACUGCCCGUAACGUCUGUAGAGAGAUUACGGGCAGCUUUCUCACUAACCACUUGGAAGAGUUACCUUCAUCAAAGCUUUAUUAUAUUUAUCCCUCAUCUCUAUUGAUCUGUAUUCUCCAUCGGACGGUCCAAAAUGAACGCUGCGUUUGAUCUUAGUUUCUCUACUAUAUAGCUCUCAAAACUCUCCGAUCUGCUUCACCGGAGCUCCGAUCUGUUUUCCGGUGAGUUUUCCGGCUCCGAUAAGCUGAAUUUUAUUAAUUUCAGCUUCUUCUUCUAGAAAAUUCCGUGGUUCAGAUCAUUCUUUAGCUAUUUUUCCUUUGCUUCCUGAGUUUCGGUUUUCCGGGAUCUGACGGUAGUUAUUGUAACUGGUAAUUGUACUGCACCGUACGGAUGGAGACAAGUACGAGAUUACUCAGUGUUGCCAUGAUUAGACAGAGGAUUCUAACUUGCGCUGGUGAAUCACUGCUAGUUUUAUUCGCUCACAUCUUCACUUCCACUCUCAUCCAGGGGUACUUGAAGCUACUAGAACAAAAGGCUAAAACGGGAGAAGAGCCUCUUGAUGCUGAGGAAGACGGAAAUGAAUCAGGGGACGAGGAUGGAGAUGGCGAUGGAGAUGAAGGCGAAGACCUCUCAUCGGAAGAUGUAGGAAAUGUGAGUAAUAAUCCAAACACCAAUGGAAGCAACUCCAAGAAACACAGCGGUGAAGGGGCAGGUGGUGCUGAAGAGAACGGUGAAGAUGAUGAUGAAGGUGGUGGUGAAGACGAUCCAGAUGACCAAGAUGACGGUGAAGGUGAUGAAGAUGAUGAUGAUGAACCGGAUGAAGAUGAUGACGAGGAAGAAGGCGGCCCUGAAGGAGAGGAAGAAACUGUUGAAGAAGAGGACGAUGAAGAAGAGGAAGAGGAAGAGGAAGAAGAUGAGGAUGAAGAAGCAAUUCAGCCACCAAAGAAGAGGAAGAAGUAAAUUAUCCCAUAACAGGCUAAAUCUCCUUCACACACACGUGUGUGAAUCACUAUGAGGUCUCUUCUGUUAGACACUCUACUUUGUUAUCUUAAUGCACCAUUAGAGUACUUAAAAACGUAUUCUAAGGCUCAGUAACUGAAGUAAGAAACGUAUUCAGCCACAAACAGAAAGAUAUGAAAUUGAGGCAAUCUCCAGUUUGCAUGAAA